GUUGCGCCCCAUCCCCCCCCGCGGCCGGCCGGUUCCAGCCCGCACCCCGCGUCCGUGCCCGCGCCCCCCUUCCCCGCCCCGGGGCCCCGCCAUGGGCCUCACCGUGUCCGCGCUCUUUUCGCGGAUCUUCGGGAAGAAGCAGAUGCGGAUCCUCAUGGUUGGCUUGGAUGCAGCCGGCAAGACCACAAUCCUGUACAAACUCAAGUUGGGGGAGAUCGUCACCACCAUCCCCACUAUAGGCUUCAACGUGGAAACGGUAGAGUACAAGAACAUCUGUUUCACCGUCUGGGACGUGGGAGGCCAGGACAAGAUCCGACCGCUGUGGCGGCACUACUUCCAGAACACUCAGGGCCUCAUUUUCGUGGUGGACAGCAAUGACCGUGAGCGAGUGCAGGAAUCGGCCGAUGAGCUGCACAAGAUGCUGCAGGAAGAUGAGCUGCGGGACGCAGUGCUGCUGGUGUUCGCCAACAAGCAGGACAUGCCCAACGCCAUGCCCGUGAGCGAGCUCACAGAGAAGCUUGGCCUCCAGCACCUGCGCAGCCGCACGUGGUAUGUGCAGGCCACCUGUGCCACACAGGGCACGGGCCUGUACGAUGGGCUGGACUGGCUGUCUCACGAGCUGUCGAAGCGCUAACCAGCCAGGAGCCGGCCCCUGCUUCCCGGAAGCUCCUACGUGUGUCCCUGGAGUCCCAUCUCCUGGGCUGCUCAGGCGGUGCCCUGGCUUCCCUGCCCCUCGCCCCCACACAGGCCCUUGCUCCUGCCUGCAUGUUCUCUGUCGUUGGAGCCUGGAGCCUUGCUCUCUGGCCACAGAGGGGUCCCCUCUCCUGCCUGCUGGGGUUCCCCCAGGGAGGAGCUUCCUGACCGAGGCUCCCGUCUUCCAGAGGAGGGAGGAGCAGGGAUCUGGGUUGACCUUUUUUUUCCUGUUUUGGGGGUACCCUUGGGGUCAGCUUGGGGUGGGGGGGCAGGUGAGGGCCCCGGGUGGUGCUAUGAUGUGGCACUGGAUACUGGGUAAUAAAUUUGCUGUGGUUUGUA